CUUUUUACAUUUUGAAAUCUACAUACUCAGUGAUUCUUAUACUCCUUUAGUCGACUAUAUAAACCGUAACUACAUCAAGUGUUCUCAUGAACUCUGAACUUCAUUGAUCGAUAACACCUACGCAUACCCACCAAUCUUUCAAAACAAUUAUUUUACAACAUGACUGACACACUGAGCCUAAAGUUUAGCCAACUAGAAAAAGCAAAGCAAAUAGCAGAAAAUUCAGUCCCAAAGAUACAAAGGGUUGCACAUUAUCUCCGAGAUCGAAAACAUUUUGCCAAACACUACUCACCCAGGUUGGUGUCAAUUGGUCCAAUUCAUCAUGGUGAAGAGAACCUACAGCUGGGAGAAAAAUACAAGCUCAUGUGGGCAAAAAGGUACCUUGAACGCACCAAACAAGAUGCAAAAGCUUUGUACCAAAAGAUUGCAUCAAACAUAAAACAGCUGAAGGAACGGUUUGCUGAGGAUGUCAUUAAAGUUGUUCCUGAUGAUGAAAAGCUGUCGUGGAUGCUGCUUGUGGAUGGGUGUGCUCUUCUACAAAUAUUGGAAAAAGCAAAACUACAUCAUCCAGAAAUGGAGGUUAAGGUUGACCAACUGGUUCUUUUGUCGCAGGAUGUGCUCUUGUUAGAGAACCAACUUCCCUAUGAAGUGCUUAAAUUGCUAUCAGGCCCCAACAAUGAAGCCACGCUAUUAAACAGCAUGAAAGAGUUUUUCAAGUUUCAUCAUUUGUUACCAGGAGCCAAGAAUAAGGACUCGGCCAAAGGAAAAACAAAGGAUGAGGACAGUAAAUCUUCUGAAGGGCACACCCUGCCAGAACACACAGUAGAAAUACCCUUGGAAGAAGAACCUAUUCAUCUGCUUGAUCAGCUUCGCAGAUCUAUUAUCCUUGAUGUUGUCCCUCAUAAAGAGGAACCAAGAGGCAAGAAGAAACAGGACCCCGACACAGUAACAUACAGGAACAUACAAGAGUUGAGAACAGCAGGGAUUAAACUGAAGGCAAACAACUCAAAGAGUCUCAGAGACAUCUCUUUCUCUUAUCGCUGCCUGUGUCUGUGUGCCGUACUGAAGCUUCCUCAGAUCACAGUUGAUGACACAACAGCUCCUACUUUUCUCAACCUUAUAGCAUAUGAGGUGUGUCCAGAUUUUAAGAACAACUACGAGAUUUGUUCCUUUGUGGCCUUCAUGGACUCGCUUAUUGACCACCCUGAUGAUGUUAAGGAGCUGAGAAAAGCAGGGGUUUUGCACAAUGCCCUUGGGAGUGAUGAGGAAGUGGCAAAGCUCUUCAACACCAUAAGCACUGACUUGGUGCCUGACUCGAAGAGCUAUUCCCAUGUUAGAGCAAAAAUUGAGAAGCAUUAUAGCAAAAAAUGGAGGACAUGGUUAGCUCUUGGUUACUAUACAUACUUUAGUAACCCUUGGGCAAUCAUUGCUUUCCAUGCUGCUGUUUUUGCCCUUGUUCUCACUUUCCUCCAAACUUGGUUAACUGUUCACCCCCCUCAUUCUAAAGACAAAACUUAGAUGUCAUCUUUAAUUACAUGUAACCACUAGAGUCAUUCUUGAAAGAUUGGAUAUUAUGUAUACAUUUCUAGGUUUGAACCUUGUUGCUUUCAUAAUAAUUAUUACUGAUAAAAAAACAGAUUUUAGAUGUUUUUGGACUUGUUUCUUAAUCAGAAUGAAUUUGGAGUUGUCUUGCAUAAUAAAAGUUUGC